UCAAAUCGGCAUUACAAAAUGUUUCGAUAUUAUUUAGUGGCUGCACUUUGCAUUGCAUUUGGAGUUUCUUAUAGCCAUCAAUGGAACAUGUAUAUACCAUGUAAGAAAGGUGAUAAAGAGUGUGUUAUGCAGUCGGCUAAGCUCGCUUACUCCAAGUUGAUGCCUGGAAUUCCUGCUCUUGGAGUGGAAUCUUCUGACCCUCUUUACCAACCUGAAAUCAGUGGUGGUGUGUCAGUUUUCAACUAUGAAUUUAAAGACACUAUCAUCACUGGUUUUGCGAAUUGCGAUAUAUUGGAAGUCAAUGUGAAUACAGAUGAGCCAUGUUUCCAUAUAGAGUUGAUGUGUACAAACAUGACUUUAAAAGGACAAUAUUCAAUAAAAGGCGAGCUUCUUAAUGCUAAUUUACACGAAGCGGGGACAUACGAUAUCCUUUGCCAUAAAUACAAGCUGGGACUUCGUACAAAGAUUGUUGAUGUCGAGAACGACGGAAAAACCUACUUGCAACUCAAUGAACUCAAACCCUAUGGAAAUAUUGAAGGCAAAGUUAUUUAUAAAUUGACAACGUUGGCUGGUAAAAUGAGCACUUUGCAGCCCAUUAUGAAUUUGAAUUGGAAACUGGUGACUAAUUAUCUUCAAGAUUCUGUGAUUGGUGCUAACAUGAAGCUGCUAGCAGGACAUGCAAAUAAAUUUUUAAAGAGUAUAUCUGUACAAGAAUUGUUUUUACAACAAAAUCCUUCUCGAAACAAUUGUGAUGCAUUUUGAUGUAAU